GCUCUUGUCUUGAGUGUCCCAGGCAGCCGCCAAUUUCUGGAUGAAGAAGGCGUACGUCGAGGGCCCUGCCGGUUCCUUGCGCAGAUGGUUUUCUACCUGUAGGAAGGUGGCAUGAAGAAAUUCCAGAGUGGCACGGUUGGUGGUUUGGCCUUCAACGACAGCAGCACGGACACGUUUGCGCAACAACGGAAGCCAUCCGGUGACCCAGGUGGAGGAAUUGAAAGUCUGCUUGCGCUUGACGUCGCUUUUGUUGAGGAUCUCUGUGACCACACCCUUGCAGCUAGACGCGAAGCGAGCAAAUUUCAUCAGGAUCAGGACCCAGGGGCAAGCGUGUGACACUAUCAAGUUGUUCCGGCUUCAGCUUGUCCAUCUUGUCUUGAAUGCGGAUGGUGUCGGCCUCCGUUGCAGCGGCGUCCACAGCGUCCAGAGCGUCCUGCCUCGCUCUCGCUCCUGUGAAAGUCAAAGGCAAACCAGCAUCGUCCUGUGGCAAUGGUGAUGCCGCUUGACUCGGUGGCUCGACGAUGUGGCCGGUUGCAGAGCUAGGAUCAAUCAGGACAGACGCACGCUGGAGCGGGGGGGCGAUACCACCAAAGGCUGUUGCAACAGGGCUGGGACUGUCGACGCUGACGGUGCCACCGCAGGCCCGACCAGUACUGUCGCCGAUCUCGAGGCUGAUGACGAUGAUCCUGACGUGGCCCUGGCAGCAUUUUCGGCACGAACAUGCGCCCUGCAGGAGCUCCCGAAAUGCUCGAAGCGUGGUCUUGCAGCGGUGUCAGAUGCGUUGGUGGGGAAGAAGAUGGGGCAGGUGGUGGCACGCUAGGAGCGUGGGAGGGCACAGGAGGUUGUACAUUCGCGUCGGCAGCAGCAUCCACUACUUGAUUUGCUCGCAGGAGAGUGAGUACUUGUUCCAACAGCAUUUCAGUACGGGAAGCCGUAGUCGAGGCGUGAGAUGCAGCAUGGCGCGGUGACUCAAUACGUUCGUCCAAAGGCAAGGAAGAUGUGGGAU